AUGACGUCUGAAGAAUGCCAGAUUUCCGAGGAACUGAAGGGAUGUUACGAGAAUCUUAUUGUAAUCGACAUUGGCGCAAACUUGACGAACAAGAAAUACGGCCGUGAUCUGGAUUCAGUGGUGCAAAGGGCAAAAGAUGCAGGUGUCCAAAAGAUAAUGGUCACUGGCACAUCGGUGAGGAGCAGUAAGGAGGCACUGAGAUUGACUCGACUCUACCCUAGCACAAUAUAUUCGACAGCUGGUGUACACCCGCACGACGCCAAGUCGAUGGUCGACGAGGAGCUGUGGUCCGAGUUGCAGGCGACGGCGGCGGCGCCCGAGUGCGUGGCGGUCGGCGAGUGCGGCCUCAACUACAGCAAGGACUUCAGCGAGCCGCGCGUGCAGCGGGACGCGUUCAAGCGGCAGGUUGAAAUCGCGUGCGAACUGCGUAAACCGCUGUUCGUGCACGAGAAGGAAGCCCAAGAUGACCUCAUCAAAAUCCUGGACGAAUUCGGGAAUAAACUACCGCCCGUUGUGAUACACUCGUUCACGGGAACCGUGGAACAGGGCAUCCGAUACAUAGAGAAGGGGUUUUAUUUGGGUAUCACUGGAUACAUAUGCAAGGAUAAGUCCGAUGGUGGAAUCAGGAGGCUAUUAUCGGAGAGGAUCCUGCCGCUCGAUAAGCUACUGGUCGAAACUGACUCUCCAUUCAUGUAUCCCAAUAUGAGGGCUUCGAAACUGCCGCUUCACGUCAAGGACUCGCUGACUGAGAGAUCGAUGAACUUCGUGAACCGCUACUGCACGUUCCAGCGCAACGAGCCGUGCGCGCUGCCCGCCGUGGUGGAGCUGGUGGCCGGCUUCCGCAACGAACGGCCCGAGGACGUCGCGCUCGCCACCGCCUUCAACGCGCUCAAGCUGUUCGGCCUCAGCCAGUAGCCCGCUGGGGAGGGGGCGCUGCGUGUGUGUGUGUGUGGGGGGGGACUGACUUGACCUUGGAAUUGUCGGUAAUCAUGUAUUCGUGACGUCACGCCGAUAUGAAGCGCGAAACGAGCGAAAAGUGGUCAAGUCAGUCUCGUCCGUCAGUCGGUGCAAUAGAACAAAUCGAUAGAAAUGCUACAUGGUAUGGGUCUGGUAUUCGAGGUGCAGUCUAUCUUCUUACAAGGUGCGUAUAGACAGAUUGAAAGAAAUGUCUCAUUCUGUAUGUGUGUAGUGACACAUGCACACAAACAAAAAUUAACGGCAAGCUAUUAAUUGAUAAAUGGUAAUUAGCGAACGGCGAGAUUGCGUUUUUAAUAUUCAAAACAUCAGA